CCUCUUCAUUAGCUCCGCCCGCCCGCUUCACACUGUGAUAGAGAUCCGCUAUCCAUCCCGCACACACACUGACACACACACACACACACAUCCACAGACACGGCGGGACUGAACGGAGCUGUGCGCCCGGAGUGGAGGACUGAUGACCGUCAGACGAUGGGACAUCACGUGUUUCUGAACAAACUGUGUUAACUGAAGGAAACUGAAGUGUGUCUGACAGCCGGAGCAGGACGAGUGAAGCCAUCUGAAGGUUGCUGAAGGGUCAGAGGUCAUCAUGCAGAGUGUAAAGUGUGUAGUUGUGGGUGACGGUGCUGUGGGGAAGACUUGCCUCCUCAUCUCCUACACCACCGGAGCUUUUCCCAAAGAGUACAUCCCCACUGUGUUCGACAACUACAGCAGCCAGGUGACGGUCGACGGCAGGACCAUCAGUCUUAACCUGUGGGACACGGCAGGUCAGGAGGAGUACGACCGGCUGAGGACGCUGUCUUACCCGCAGACCAACGUCUUCAUCAUCUGCUUCUCCAUCUCAAGCCCCGCCUCCUACGAGAACGUCAAACACAAGUGGCACCCAGAGGUGUCGCACCACUGUCCUGGCGUUCCCAUCCUCCUGGUCGGCACAAAGAGCGACCUCCGGAACGACGGCGAGACUCAGAGGAAGCUGAAGGAGCAGAACCAGACGCCCGUCACCCACCAGCAGGGCGCCGCCCUUGCCCGCCAGAUCCACGCCAUCCGCUACCUGGAGUGUUCGGCCCUCAACCAGGACGGCAUAAAGGACGUGUUCGCAGAGUCCGUGAGGGCCUUCCUCAACCCGCAGCCCACCGUCAGCAAGAGGCCCUGCGUCCUGCUGUAGGACCGAGCCUCAAACGCCACACCGGGAACACCGACCGGACCUGGACGGUUUGAGUCGGGCUGAUUCUGCAGCUUCACUGCCUGAGGGACUGCUUGGAAAUGUGUUCUUUAUGUUUGGUUAGAAUUUUAUCUUUAUUAAUUAGAAAAAGUAGUUUUGGGCUCCAUGUUUGAAUUAUUGAGGGGUGGGGGGCUGAUUUCAUGUGGGAUUGUUUUGAUGUCUGAUAGAUGAUUUCAUUUGCUAACAAUUUCAACAAUAUGAAAGCUAAGUUGUGAGGAAACAGCCGCCCCCCCUCCUCGCUAAAGGUCAUUUGAAUGCAGUUUGGGCUUCAGGUGUUUUUUUUGGCUCAAUUCAGGUUGGAAAAUAUUUCAGGGGCGCACAGUGUCAGAAGUUGAAAAUCUCUUUUUUGUACAAUGACUAUUUUAUACUGGUGCAGUUGUUAUGGCAACAGAAACACAAAUGUUUUGGUGAAAAUUUGGUGUGGAUGAAAGAUCGGUUUUCAAAUGAAUUUGCAUCAGUGAGGAUGGUCUGAGAGGACGGGCGAGUCAGACAGGAAGCAGCAUCUCUGGUGGAGUCAAGAGCUGAUGUAAAUAGAAAACAGGAAGUUAAAUUAAACCAUUAUUGAUCCUGAGAAUUUCAAUGCAUGAACAUUCGUAUACUGGGUGAUCUUCACUGUCAGCUAUCAGUCAGGAUCUUGACACUGCUGGGUGAAAACCUUUUGUCUCUGUGUGGUCGUUAAACAUUAAAAUUAGAUAUAUUUAGGUGCUUUUUUAGGAAAAAUAUUCUCUCAGUGGUUCUCUGAAGAUGAGUUGCAUGAAUGUAAUUAAAGGUGUGAUUGAACAUUCCCAUAAAUAAAUCUGGAAUUACUUUUAAUUGCACUUCCAGGCUCUAAAAAUCUAAAAUUUGAAAAAGUUUGUUUUGCAUUUCACCAACAACAACAACAAAAAGAAAAAAAAAAAAAAAAAGGGGGAAACAACUUAAAAAAAGAUUUUUAAUGUUUGGUGGUAAAACAGAGAAAUAUGCGUCAGUGAAGAAGACGACCGAGGAAGAAUGUGUUGUUUGAGAAUGGAAUGUUUUUUAGAUGCAUGUGAUUUGGGAAGAAACCCUGAAUGUCAACAGAACAUUGGCCUCCAUGCUAUUUUAGCCACACUGCUAACAUGGCUAAAAACAAUAUGUGGCGAACUCUGUCAACAGAGCUGUUAAACAAAAAAAAAAGUUCAAUAGGCUCCAGUUUGUCACCAUUAGUAAAUUUCAUUACUUAUAAAUUUCUAAAAUGUGAUUUUUUUAUUUUGUUUUUAUUAAUUUACUGUAUUUCUAUUUAAAUGUAAUAAUACAUUUUAAACAUGUGUCAUUCAGUC